GACAAGUGAAAUUAAUAUUGUUCAGCGGAGGGUUAUAUAUUAAUUUUCAAACUAACUAAUGAAAACAAAUGGAAAAGCUUAUGAUAAGAGUUGAAAUUUAAUAAUUAAGAAAAACAAAAAAAGGUGUACAAAGAGACACAUGCUUUUUCCUCAUGCAUCUUGUUUUUAUACAACAAUAUAUAUAUUGACUCAUUCUCCGCUAGCUCUCUCAUCCCCAUCUUUCAGUUUGCUAGUUACAAUUAGAUUAACCUCACAUAUGCUCUAUUCUUACUUGAUUCUUGAGUUACUCUGAAAUCUCUUUGAUGAUGUCGAAAUCUAUGAGCAUAUCAGUGAACGGACAAUCUCAAGUGCCUCCUGGGUUUAGGUUUCAUCCAACCGAGGAAGAGCUGUUGCAGUAUUAUCUCCGGAAGAAAGUUAAUAGCAUCGAGAUUGAUCUUGAUGUCAUCCGCGACGUUGAUCUCAACAAGCUCGAGCCUUGGGAUAUUCAAGAGAUGUGUAAAAUAGGAACAACGCCACAAAACGACUGGUAUUUCUUUAGCCACAAGGACAAAAAAUAUCCGACGGGAACGAGAACUAACAGAGCCACUGCGGCCGGAUUUUGGAAAGCAACUGGCCGCGACAAGAUCAUAUAUAGCAAUGGCCGUAGGAUUGGGAUGAGAAAGACUCUUGUUUUCUACAAAGGCCGAGCUCCUCACGGCCAAAAAUCUGAUUGGAUCAUGCAUGAAUAUAGACUCGAUGACAACAUUAUCUCCCCUGAGGAUGUCACCGUUCAUGAGGUGGUGAAUAUUAUAGGGGAAGCAUCACAAGACGAAGGAUGGGUGGUGUGUCGUAUUUUCAAGAAGAAGAAUCUUCACAAAACCCUAAAUAGUCCAGUCGGAGGAGCUUCCCUGAGCGGCGGCGGAGACAUGGGGACGUCGUCUCAGAUCUUCAACGAGGAUACUCUCGAGCAAUUUCUUGAACUUAUGGGGCGAUCUUGUAAAGAAGAGCUAAAUCUUGACUCUUUCAUGAAACUCCCAAACCUCGAAAGCCCUAACAGUCAAACAAUCAACAACUGCCACGUAAGCUCUCCCGAUACUAAUCAUAAUAUCCACGUCAGCAACGUGGUCGACUCUAGCUUCGUUACUAGUUGGGCGGCUUUAGACCGCCUCGUGGCCUCGCAGCUUAACGGACCAACAUCAUAUUCAAUCGCAGCCGUCGAUGAAAGCCACGUGGAUCAAGAUCAUCUCGCCUUGCCUAGCCUGAACCGGUCCGCUUCGUACCACGCCGGUUUAACUCAGGAAUAUACACUGGAGAUGGAGCUCUGGAAUACGACGACGUCGUCUCUACCGUCAUCGCCUGGCCCAUUUUGUCACGUGUCGAAUGGUAGUGGAUAACGGAAAUGGAGGGAAAGAGAGAUAGACACACACUUAAGACAUUUCACAUUUGUGUAAAAAGAUAUAAUCAUACCAUAUAGUUGUUGAAACAUAAAAAAAGAAAGUCAGAUUUGUGAUAAUUACAGUGGUUAUGUGAAAUAUUGUAAAAUAGAUUAAUAUAAGAAUUUAAAAGAGGAGAAUAAAGAUCUCAAAAAGGAGAUAUUUCGUUAUUGUUGGGGAGAGCAUUAUAUUUCAUUACUCAAAAUGUCUUCCAUUUAAUUU